AUGAACCUUAUUGAUGGCCAGCUUGACAUAAUACCAACAGCACACGAUACAUCUCGGAGGGAAUCUCUCAUUAAUUGCUAUGUAAUCGGCUGGUGCCAUGCUAAUCCCCACCUCGCUAGAGAAUUUAGUUCCUCUCAGGGAUGUUAUACGCUACCAAACGGUGAUAUUUUAGGCCCUGAUGUUGCUGUCAUACUUAAUACCAGGUGGAACACUCUAACAGAUGCACGACAAAAUGAAGCAUAUCCGCCAGUCGCACCUAACUUCAUUGUGGAGUUACGUUCACAGUCUGAUUCAGACCAAUAUAUCUAUAACAAAAUGUUGCGAUGGAUGAAUGGUGGCGUUGAGGAGGGAUGGUUGAUUGAUCUAUUUGUAAAUCCGCCCAAAGUAAGAAUAUAUACGUUGAAUGCAAAUAAUCAAGUCGUUAUGCAAACACUUUCAAAUCCUACCCUGAUUAGUUCAACAGUCCUUCGUGGAUUUGUAAUGAUGAUUGGAAUUAAUAAGCGACUAAAUGAGACUACCGUUCUUUAG